CUUUUUCUGUUUCAUAUUACAUUUGAUGAUUAAGAUUAGUUAAGUUUACAGCUGGUUUGCUUGAUCAUCAUAUUUGUUAAUCAUCAGCUAUCAGAUCAUCACCAACAUCAUCUUGUUGAGAACAUUGUGAAUCUAAUCAAUUGUGUUUGCUAAAUGUGCUAUCUUGUUACUAUCUAGUGAUUUCUUAGUUUCUCUCACACUUUUUUCUCCUUUUUUUCUUCUGUUGUUGGAAUAGAUUUGAUCAAUGAAUUUUUUCAAGAAAUUUUAUCUCCCAUCAUCUAAACCUUUAAGUGAAAAUGGUUCUGGUGGUGAUUGUGAAAAUGGCGAAGUUGGUGAAGAAGAGAUUGAUUCCAAUCGGGACAUUUGCUCGCCUUUCAAACGAACCUUUCUGAGUCCAACUCUAUUUGUUGAUUCAUCGGCUGCAAAUGAUUACGUUUGUAAAAUUUGUCAUUUCAUGGCCGUUGAUCCAUUGGAACAUGUACCUGGACCCAAUGUCACCUGUUCUAAUAUUUUCUGUCUCCCUUGUGUAAAAACCUAUUCCACUUCUGGUUUAGCCUCUUGUCCAGCCGAAGGAUGUUUAACAAGUGGUUUUGAUUGGUCAUCUCUUCGUGAAUUGGGAACCAGAGAGAUCGCUCGUUUAUCAAAUUUAAUGCUCAAUUGUGAAUUUAAAUGUUCUCAAGUUAUUCCAUAUCGAGACUAUUGGACCCAUCGAGAAAAAUGUCCCGCUAAUCCUGAUAAUUUUUGCGAAAUUUGUGAUUCUCCGAAAACGUGUGAUACCCAUAGUUGCCGAGAAGUAUUCAUCCAAUUAAAGAAAAAGGAUGAAACUCUAGUUAAAGAAAAUAAUCAAUUAAAGGCUGAAAUUGAUAAAUUACGUCGUGAAUUGGAUUCACUAAGAGGCGAAAGAGCUGAAAAAAUGUCAAAUGGUAUCUCAUCGACAACUACUUAUACCCCCGAAAAUCAAUCAAAUCAUAGUAAUGACAAUAACUCUGAUUCUAACACACCAAACACACCAACCACUUCUUCUGGUGCUGGUACAGUUUCCACGACGAGUGAAGACAAAAAUGCUAUUAAAUCAUCGCAAAGAACAAAAGUUGGACCACCAAAAGUAAACGGCAAUAAAAAUGGAAAACCUGAUAAUAAUAAUAAUACAAACAGUCAACACAAUUAUAAUAGAGAUAAUUGGGAUUCUAAAUCAUCAAGUAGCCAUAACAAUAAGGGAAUUAGAGAAAGUGAAGAAACGGGUUUCCUUCGAGGUGCAGUUCCUCAAUACAAAUUUCACUCUAAUUGUUUUAUGAUUAAAUCGGAUCACAGUAGAAUCCGAUUGAUAUUUCAUUAUGGAGAAAAAAGUUACAAAAUAGACGAUGCCCAAUCUACAUUUACAUUUCGCACCUUGAGGUCACUUUUACAUGAUAUGAUGAAACAUGAUCCAGGUAUAAUGUUAUUGGUUCGACAUCGAAUCCUUGACGAUAGAGAAACCAUUUCAUCUUGUGGAUUCAAGCCAGGAUUAAAUUCAAUCUCUUUGGUUCCAUAUGAUACUCCUGAUUUCAAUGAGCCAGGUUUCCGUUUAGGACUUUAUCGUUUAAAACAUGCCACCGAUCCAUUAGAUGCCAAAAAAGUGCCACCAGGAACAAUUAAACCAAAUGAUUUACCUUUCAUUUCAAAGGAAGCGAUUGACUUUUAUUCAAACUCGUUGGACCCACAAAUUGGCGAAAAGGAUAUUACAUUAUCUUUCCAUAAAGGUGGUAAAGACGAUUCAUUAGAGAUCAAAGUGAAACGCGACCAGACCAUCGGAUCGAUUAGAUCAAUGGUCGAUUACAUGAUCGAAGGUGGUUGCGGUAAAAUGAUGCAUAUAACCCACCAGUUGAUCAGAGACGACAUGACCGUUAGACAAUACGGAAUAGGAUUUGGAACUGUUGAUAUAACCCUUUUACCGGCCUCAUUUCCUAUCGACCUGGAUAAGACUCGAACAUUACACUUAAUACGUUUCAGGAAUAACGGGAAAAUGAGUAAAAAGUUUACAGGAAAAUUGAAAAGUCGAACCAAUUCCAUGGCCUCUUUGGUUUUGUAAUCCUUUUUACAAUUAACGGAUUUAAAAGCAGAAAAGUUUCCAUUUCGGCAAUAAUUAACUUUAUAUCAACAAUCCCAUAUAAUAUAUGCUUUGUCUGUUGAUCAAAUUUACCAAUUCCUUAUUAAUGGUAUAUAUUUAAAUUUGAUCAACUAUCUCAGGUAUUACAAUAUAAUCUAAAUUAAUUGUAAUAUAUAUUCACAAUAUUUAGGUAUAAAAUCAACAUAUGAUUGAUUUGCUCAACUAAUUACGCAGCUAAUUAGUUAACCUUAAAGAUAAAAUUACAAGCAAGUAGUAUGCAAAAUAUUCAUAAUUCUUGUUAAUUGUUGCUGCUAAAAGAGAGAGAAAGAGAGAGAGAGAAAAGGUAAAAUUAAUUGUUAUCUUAUAUGUUUACACUAAAAACAUUCAUCUAAAUGCAAUUGUACUAAUCAAAAUGAUCAAUGAUGUACCAAAAAUCAUCAUUGAUUUACCAUAAGUGAAAAAUGAUCUCUCAUUUAUCUAAAAAUCUUUUGUGAUUAGUUAAUUAAUAACCCCUAAUUAACAAUCAUUUCAACAGCCCAACAGUAUCAAAAGACAAAAGUAAAAACAUCAACAAUUAAUAUUUACUUUCUCAGAGCUUAAUUAUCAUCAAUGAAUUAAUCAACAAAACAAAGAAAAGUGUUGAAAAUGAUUAAACUGAUUAUCACAAACAAAAACAACCCAAAAUCUUGAUCAUUAUAAAACGAAAAACAAAUUUGAUUUCUAUGAAUUACUUUAUUUUUCAAUCGAUUUAAUCAUAUCGAUUAACUAAUCAAAGUGUAAAACAAUUAACAGAUAAACAAUUAAUACAUUUGAACUUGUCAAUUUGUGCAAAUAUUUAAAAUAAAAAGAAAAUUAAAUCUGA